UCCAAAAAUGGGCAGAUGUCCUCACUUUCCUAAGGAAGGACUUAAUAGAGGAAGCUGGACUGCUGAAGAGGACCAUGUCCUUAGAGAAUACGUUAGAAUCCAUGGUGAAGGCAAAUGGGCCAAAGUUGCCAAGGCAACAGGUCUUAAGAGAUGUGGCAAGAGUUGCAGGCUUCGCUGGUUAAACUAUCUGAGACCCAAUAUCAAAAGAGGCAAUAUUACAGAAGAUGAAGAAGAUCUAAUUAUCAGACUCCAUAACCUUUUAGGCAACAGAUGGUCUUUAAUAGCAGGAAGGCUUCCAGGCCGAACAGACAAUGAGAUUAAGAAUUAUUGGAAUUCAAUCUUGAAAAAGAAGGUUGACAAUAAACAGCAAAACAAGAAAAUCACAAAUGCUGAUAUUGCAGUAAAACCCACUGUCUCCAUUCAUGAAUCUCUGCAAGUUAAAGAAUCUGAUCCCUCCGGUGACGACGGAACUUUGCCAAAUACCUGUGAUUGGGACCUGAUGACAUUCGAAGUUAAAGGAGAACAAUUUAACUUAUCUGAUUUUCUCCAGACAGAAGAUUUCUCCAAUGUAAUAGUACCUGCAACCGAAGAUGGCGAAGCUGAUUUCUUCUCUGAAGCUAUCCUCAAGAAUUGGACUGUCGAGGAAUUGUUUUCUGUCUAUCCUUAAUCAAGUCAUUGUUUUUUAAGUCUAAUGUUCUUGAUCCAUUUCUGUUUUUUUGCCCGUUUAAAUGUAGUUUCUAUGUCUAAUAAAUUUUCUUAUGUACAUAGUAAUAUUGCUGCAGGGCAGCAGUCAAACUGGUUUUGUUCGUUUGAAAUCAAG